GUAAGUGUGUAAAAACGGUCGGACUAAGAAGGUAUACCCCGGGCAUGUUGCACUUUGGUUUAGAUCGACGAAGGCAGUAUGCCAGGAACGAACCAUCGGAUGAUCGAGUAAGCAGCUUAACAGACAGGCGGCAAUCAAGUAGGCAGAGUGUUUCCAUUUUCUGUUCAUUGUCGAUGCGGCCUGUGAAAUGAGAAUAAAACAAACAACUAAAUCUCUCCUGACGAAAGUUUGUAGCAGCACAAGUGCAAGUGCAAGUGAUAUAUGAUGUAGCAUAGGUAAUAACGAACGGGGAAAAAGAUAACGAUAACACGAUAAAAGAAGCAGAGAAAGAGAGAGAGAUUGAUGAAAAGUGGAAUGAUGAUAGUGCAAGAUUGAAACCAAGUGUGUGCUCAGGCCGCCGCCCACCUUCUCAACCAUCCAGCCGUCUGCGAGACACGCAUAGUGUUUGUCGCGCUGCACACGAUGAUCCUACUAUUUGACUGAUUAUUGCUAUAUUAUGUUGCCCUACUAUGCUCCUCUCUACACACUCUUCACAACUGCAAGUGGUUCUUCCAUUCGUUUAAAAAAUCUUGUUUCUCUAUCAUUUACUCUGGCUAUUUGCUCAUGAAAUUAAAGAUUCUACUUGUUCUUUGCCACUUAACAACGCUCUCCAAUACAGCGCAAUUCCGGUCGAACAGCGAUACCACAUUGACGAUAGCCUGGCAGCUAGGUUAAAGUUAGGCAUCUUGGAUUAAAUAAAAGAUGGCAACGCCACUCGAGCGAUAACACUUCUCAUCAAGUCCCUUUCCCCGGGGCGGCAGAAGACAAGCACACGAUAUAUUAGCAAAAAACAAUAGGCGUGGUAGGGUUAGCAUUACAUGAAUUGCUGCAAAAGCACACAUUGAACUCGUGUGUUUGGGGAAAAUAGAGAACAAAAUAAAAGAUGUCGAAACGAAACGAUUAAAAUUCCAAAACCUCUCCCGACGACGUUUCUACGUAUUUCUCGGUUCCAUCAGACUGUUACAUAUGUAAAAUAAAUAAAAAUAUAUAUACUUAUAUAUAAAUAUAUCAAGAAGUAGAGCGAUUAAGCGAGAGCGAGAAAAAGAGAAACAGAAAUUAAAAGAAAUAUGCAUGUGUGCGCGAAUAUGGGAGUGUUUAGUUAAUCACUCGUGCAAUGCAAAGGAUGCAUAGCAGCAGCAGCGAUGAUGACGAUAGUAUGACACAGGUAUGCAUGGAAAAACGUGAUGUCCUCGCUUAUGUGCGUAACAAUGGCGAGAGAAAAAAGUAGGUAGGAUGUUUGAGUGCAUGUUUGUGUAUGUGUGUGCGUGCGUGUUUUGUAUGUGCGAAUAUUGAGUGAUCAGAUGUCGUCGUACGUUUAGUAAGAAAAUAAAGUUAAGAAUAAAACAAUAGUUUAUACAUAAAUAUGAAUAUAUAUAUAAAUAUGCUAAAUAAUACAUAGUAUAGUGUAUAUAUAUACAGCAUUAUAUAUAUACCAUACUAUAUGUGUAUUGGUAAAUAAUGAAGUAAUAAAUUCAAUUUUUUCAAAAGAGAAAAGAAAUAAUAAACUACAACGCGUGUGCUCGCCCGUUGCAAGCAA